AAACGCCAUCAGUCAGUCAAGCACGUGGUCGGAGGGAGAUGCGGAGACAACCGGAGCACCGAGCUCGUGCAGAGGGGACCGCGAAGAACCGUCCGCUCAGCGUGUAGCCGGAAACACGCUCCCCCGGCGGGCAGCAGCAGCAGCAGCAGCUCGCGGAGCGGCACGACGACGACACGCACACGGGGCGAAGGGAGAACGUCGUGGGCGCCUGUUUCUCGCGGGCCUGCGUUUGUAUCCGACCUGUGCCUCCGCAGCUGGUCGAGCUUCUUUCAUAAUUAGCACGAGACUGCGCGGCGAGCACCGGGCGGCGAGCAGGGCGUCAUGGCGGACUACCUGAUCAGCGGGCAGACCGGCUACGUGCCGGACGACGGGCUGACGGGACAGCAGCUCUUCAACGGAGGAGACGGGCUCACCUACAACGACUUUCUGAUUCUGCCGGGUUACAUCGACUUCACAUCAGAUCAAGUGGACCUGACCUCAGCACUCACCAAACAAAUCACCAUGAAGACGCCCUUCGUCUCCUCUCCCAUGGACACGGUCUCAGAGGCCAAUCUGGCCAUUGCCAUGGCACUAACAGGUGGCAUUGGCUUCAUCCACCACAACUGCACUCCAGAAUUUCAGGCCAAUGAAGUUCGCAAAGUCAAGCGUUAUGAGCAGGGCUUCAUCACAGACCCUGUGGUGAUGAGCCCCAGCGAUCGCGUACGGGACGUCUUCCAGGCCAAGGCUCGCCACGGCUUUUGCGGCAUCCCCAUCACAGACAACGGCAAAAUGGGCGGCAAGCUGGUGGGCAUCAUUUCUUCCAGAGACAUCGACUUCCUGAAGGAGGAGGAACACAACCUGCCACUCAGCGAGGUGAUGACAAAGCGAGAGGAUCUAGUGGUCGCUCCUGCUGGAGUGACACUGAAAGAAGCCAAUGAAAUCCUCCAGAGGAGUAAGAAAGGUAAACUGCCCAUAGUGAAUGAAGAGGGAUCCCUGGUGUCCAUCAUCGCUCGCACAGACCUGAAGAAGAACAGAGACUUCCCUCUGGCCUCCAAAGAUUCCCGUAAACAACUGUUGUGUGGCGCCGCCAUCGGCACCCACAACGACGACAAGUACCGACUGGAUCUGCUGGUGCAGAGCGGGGUGGAUGUGGUCGUGUUGGACUCCUCUCAGGGCAACUCAAUCUUCCAGAUCAACAUGAUCAAAUAUAUCAAAGAGAAGUUCCCCCACCUACAGGUCAUUGGAGGCAACGUGGUGACAGCAGCUCAGGCUAAGAACCUCAUCGAUGCAGGGGCAGACGCACUGAGAGUGGGGAUGGGCAGCGGCUCCAUCUGCAUCACACAGGAAGUUACCCUCAGUGUACCACCAGCAUUAGAGCUCCACAGCCCCAAAACCCCAACCACUGUUACGGGAUACAGCAUGCUGGCGUGCGGCAGACCUCAAGCCACAGCUGUCUACAAGGUGUCGGAGUACGCUCGCCGCUUCGGUGUGCCGGUCAUCGCUGACGGUGGCAUCCAGAAUGUCGGCCACAUCGCCAAAGCUCUGGCACUGGGAGCCUCCACUGUGAUGAUGGGGUCUCUGCUGGCUGCCACCAGCGAAGCUCCUGGUGAAUAUUUCUUCUCUGAUGGCAUCAGGCUGAAGAAAUACCGUGGCAUGGGCUCCUUGGACGCCAUGGACAAGAACCUGGGCUCACAGACCAGAUACUUCAGUGAGAGUGACAAGAUUAAAGUUGCUCAGGGUGUUUCUGGAGCGGUGCAGGACAAGGGCUCUAUCCACAAGUUUGUUCCCUACCUGCUGGCUGGAAUCCAGCACUCCUGUCAAGACAUUGGUGCCAAGAGCCUCACACAGCUCAGAGCCAUGAUGUACUCUGGAGAUCUGAAAUUUGAAAAGAGAACAACGUCAGCCCAGAUGGAGGGUGGAGUCCACAGCAUGCACAGCUACGAGAAACGUCUGUUUUGAGGCCGUUCAGUGUGAAGAGGAGGAAUCGUUACAACAGGCAUUAUGCAAACACACUACUUGCCAGGCUCUUUACAUGCACGACUAACUUUUCAUACAGAUCUAAAGACGAGUUCUCUCCUCCAAGGAUCAUCAGUCUUCCUGCCAGUGCCAUCGUCUGUGUUUAUAGCUGCUUGUGUAAAGGAGGGAACCAAAAUAUCAGUCUGUGAGUCUCCAGUCUACAAAGCUCAUUUUAAGGCAAAAAAGUUGUCCAAUAAUAAAACUCAUGUUUUUUCCACAA